UGUAGCACAUUUAAGCUGUUACACAAGAAAGAGAGAGAUAGAGGAAGCGAGAGGAUGGGUGGGUAGGGGAGGAAAGAUAUGCAGACGAACACUGGCGGUGUGAGAUAAUACAGAAAGCAAAAAACAAAAACAAAACAAAAAACGCUGUGUGGGGGAUCGGCACGACAGUAGCCUCAUCACGUGUCAGUUUUGUUUAUCAUUCUUUAACCAUUGACAAGACGAAGUUGAAGUUGAAAUGAUAGUAAGGAAUGGUUAUGAUUGGUCGGUUUAUCUCGUGUACUGUCAGACUUUUAAGUGUCUAUUGACCGUCAUCUCAACGUAUCGCUCGAUGUUUGACAAUGUUAUAGAGUCUCGGAGCCAACUUUGAGCGCCAUUCAGAAUUUCAUCUUCUACUACGCCACGUGAAAGCUCUUGGAUAUUAUUACUUGCCAAGUUCCUCUUGUAUUUCAGAAUUGCUUGGGUUGUCUUGAUAGCUGUUCUUUUGGAAAGAUCUAACGCCGUUCUCAAAACAUCGACAAAAAUACUUCAAUCUAUAGAUCGGGAUUAAAAAUCGGGAAUUUAGAUUCAACGGAUUAGAGACAGAGAAAGAGAUAACUUUACGAAAUGAAGCGGUAUUGUCAAUUAGUUUUCAUCAUCUCCUCGUUAUGGACUUUCUCUGGAUUACAGUCAGCAGAUGGCGGCGUGUGCUGGAGUUCACCCCCGAACGGUAACCCGUGUUCACAGCUCAUCAAGCUACAUCUCUCCAAAGAAGAAUGCUGUCACAACCAGGGGCCAACGAUCUCUUGGUCGAGGGAAGAUCUCGAUCUGGGUAAACUCAUGAGGACAUUGUUAACAUCCAGAAUUGCAUUAUCGGAAUGUAUCCCGUGCCGAGGUGAGUCAUUGACCGAAACGUGUGAAGAGAUGCAGUGUCGUGAUGACCAGAAAUGCAUCAUAGAUCACAACAACCGAACCCGCUGUGUCUGCCAACCCCACUGCGAGAACAUCGAGUACGAAGGAGCCGUAUGUGGGACGGAUAACUACGAGUACGGGUCCGUGUGCGAGCUCCUGACCGAGCGAUGUAUACAGUCCAGCGAAGUCGAGGUGGCAUAUUACGGGCAAUGCCAGGAUUCCUGUGAUGGAGUUACGUGUCCACGAGGGCGCCGUUGCGUCGAAGACCAGGCGGGGCGUCCUCACUGCGUUCUCUGCUGGGCGGUGUGUCGCUAUCAUUUCCGCGAUACCCAAUACGUGUGCGGACGUGAUCAGAUUACCUACGAAUCCCUGUGCCAUCUACGACUUAGCUCCUGUCUCAUCGGCAAGGCUGUAGGCAUCGCUCACGAAGGACGAUGCGAAAAUUUCACUUCAUGUUCUGCUUUGAGCUGUGUUCGCGGUAAUCAAUGUGUGAUGGAUCCCAUCGAAGAGGAACCAAGAUGCGUCAUGUGUAACAUCACCUGCCCAGAACGGUGGCUCAGCGGUCCAGUCUGUGGUAGUGACGGCGUCACCUACCCGACACAGUGUCACCUACAUAACCACAUGUGUGCGAACGACACUUAUGUUGAGGUGGAUCGUCGUAGCCCGUGCAACGUGGAAACAGCAAACAGUGGUGAGGAGUCUGGAUCUAUCGACCACACAACAUUCCUCGAUAUCGUCGAACCAAUCGCCGUUCCACUCGAUCAGGUCAACAAUACGGGUCGGUCGUUGCGUCAGAGAUCGAAUCCGAUAGAACAAGUCAAUAACGAAGUUGAGGAUGUUACGACGGAGAUCUACGACAUCGAAACUACGAUCGUGACGGAGAUCGAAGAUGUGGAGGAUCCUCAGGUGUCGACGGACGGUGACGGGCGUGAUGGCGAAGGGAGGUCGAAUAAGGAAGAGGCCGUCGUCGAGAGGGAUGGCGAGGCAUAGACAUUGGGGAAUUAAAUUUAGAAAUAGAAUAGAGAAUGGCAAAUUAAUUUGCAUGAAUGAUAGUUACAAUGCAUACUGGCAGACCCCUCGCAACGCUCAUCUGCUCCCUACGUUUUUUUGUUUGGAAUUGUUUUUGUUCAGCUUUUUUCUCUUUCAAUCUCUCUGUAGCCUAUAUGCCUUUUCUAGUCUAUCUAUGGAUCAUGUAUGUCUCUUAUAGAAUGUAUCUUUAUAGUUUUUUGUCGUUCAGCCAUAUAUAUUUAUCUCCUUGUAUGGAUUUUUUUCAUCGUUUGUCUAUACAUGAAUUUCAAGUUUCCUAAUAUCUAUAUUUCUUAUUUACUCCUUUUCUUUUCUUUUUAGCUCUCUCUCUCUCUCUCACACUCCACCCUCCCGUCUCUCCUUUCCUUCCUCCCCCUUCAUCCCUCUUUAGAGUUCUUGAUUUGCUUUAUCUUCUAUUUCUUCUCUUCUUUUUCCCUUUUUGUACCAUUUCGUCCCCAACAUUUAACUCCUCGCAAAUGUUUCUGCCGUUUCGAUUGUAAAUAUGAAGCUUUCUCUUUGCUGCAUCUGUAUUGUAAAUAAAUGUAAAUUAAUUGAUUCACUGUCUUUGCUGUGUAUUGUAAAUAUGCGUAGUCCGCGUAGCUGACAUGUUCAUAAAAAUUGAAUAUUUAGUAUUUUAGAAAUGGAUGUAAAAACAAUAUACUACGUUUUACAUCAUCGCAAUAGUGUGCUCCGUAUUUACAUACUUAAAUGUUGAACUGCCAUAAAUGUUUAUUCAUAAGAAUAGUAUGCUGUGAAAGUUUCUAAACUAGUUGUAAUAACUUUGUUCCCUGAAGCAGUGUAUAGGUACUUUGCGUUUCUGAAAAAGAAAAGCCGAAAUUCUCUAUCAAUCACCAGAAAUAUGAAUCAUGAAAUUCUCAAUAUAAAUAAGUAGAUUUGCAUAUGUUUUUUUUAUAAAGCAAAAUAAGAGUCAAAAGAGAUUCCAUGACUGACAAUUUGUGUGCAUUUUGUGUUGUUCAAUAAGGCCCACUCCCGUUUAUAGCAAAUCAAUUUUUAUGAUGUUUUCUACAGGUGAAUUAUUUAGGAGUCUCUCACGUGGUAUCACCCGAAAGAGAAAUAAAUUGUCUUAUUGAUUUUGGUAAACAAAAUGUGUUUCUUUGAGAUAUUGCUUAAGAAAUUUUACUUUUACUUUUCAGGAACACACUGUUUUAUUUGGCAAAACUGCGACCUCUAUCCACAACCAGAUAGUUAAAUCAAACUGAAUAAAUAAAAAUCAUAAUUAUAAUACUGAUAACAAUAAUAAUGAUGACGAUAUAAUUUGAAAAAUAAUUAUUAGAUUCUUAUAUAUUUUUUCUUCUAUCUGGACCCCCUUGCAUUGUUGUUUUCUUUUCCCUUUUUUUAUAUAUUUUUUAUUUUACUUUUUCGUCUUAAAGAUAGUUAAAGUGUCUGUAUUUGCUUAUUUUACUUAAUUUAUUGUUGUGUGCUUAUAAUAUUUUUUAGUUUGUUUUUCAUUAUGUAAUGGGCGAUCCAACUUCACAUGCAGGUUUUCGCAACCUGCAUGGAAAGCCCCGCAUAUAACCUUUGUAAAUAUAGUUAACAUUUACUUUUACUUUGUAUACUUUGGUUUUUAUAUUGCGAAAUAAAUUGAGUUGAAUUGAAUUGAAUUCCAUAGCGCAUUAAACUCAGACGCCCUCUAUAGUAGGUUUUUACAAAGUAGGUUUUUCACGUCAUAAUGUUCACGUUUCGUUUCAUGGUCGACUCGUUUCAAUUGUAUCUUCUGCAUAUUAUAACAAAUAAUUUUAGCCUCCUUUCAACUUUGUGUAGUUUUGAAUAGAGAUAGCGUUUAGUUCAUAAAGUAUUUUUGUUUGUUGCCAUCAUUCAUAUAAUAUGCUGCACUGCCUAUUCUGAAAUUUCAAGAAAUAUUUUCUCCAUCGAAAAUUUUAUUUCCAUGAUUAGUUUAAGACAUUGCCUUCAAUAUACCUCAUAUUUCUUCCAUGUUUACCUCAUUUUUAAGUCUAAUACUUUUAUAUUGUUUGAUUUGUAUUUUAUGUUUUAAUUCCUGAAUUUAUGAGCUUUUUACAAGGUUGUAUAAUACAUGAGAAGAUCGUAUGAUGCGCAUGUUGUAAAUAAAAUAAACCUGAACAAAA